AUGAUACCCCGGACUUUCCUCUUGCUGCUCUGGGGGGCUCUGGGCCUGAUCCAGACACGGGCAGGUCCCCACUCCCUGAGGUUUUUCCUCACCUCCGUGUCCCGGCCGGGCCAAGGGGAGCCCCGCUUCAUCGCAGUCGGUUACGUGGACGACACACAGAUCGCGCGGUUCGACAGCGAUGUUGAGAAUCCCAGGGCUGAGCCUCGAGCGUCCUGGAUGCAGCUCAUGGAGUCUGAUUUUUGGGAUGACAGUACUUGGGUUGCCAAAGACCGCGAACAGAGUUACCGAGUGCAAUUGAAGAACCUGCUUAGCUACUACAACCAGAGCGACUCAGGGUCUCACACCUACCAGGGUAUGUAUGGCUGCGACAUCGGGCCCGACGGGCGUCUCCUUCGUGCAUACAAUCAGCAAGCAUAUGAUGGUGCUGAUUACAUCGCCCUGAACGAGGACAUGCGUUCCUGGACUGCCGCAGACACCACAGCUCAGAUCUCCAAGCGCAAGUGGGAUGAAGCCGGUUCCGCAGAGUACUACAGGGCCUACUUUGUGGAGGGCAGGUUCCUGGAGUGGCUUCACAGAUACCUGGAGAAAGGGAAAGAGACUCUGCUUCGCACAGAACCCCCAAAGACACAUGUGGCUCACCAUCCCAUUUCUGAACAAGAGGUCACACUGAGGUGCUGGGCCCUGGGCUUCUACCCGGCGGAGAUCACCCUGACCUGGCAGCGGGACGGGGAAGAGCUGACCCAGGACACAGAGCUUGUGGAGACCAGACCUACAGGGGAUGGGAACUUUCAGACAUGGGCAGCUGUGGUGGUACCCUCUGGAGAGGAGCAGAAAUACACAUGUCAUGUGCAGCAUGAGGGACUGCCCAAGCCCCUUAUCCUGAGAUGGGAGCCCCGUUCUCAGUCUGACAUCCCCAUCGUGACAAUCAUUGUUGGCCUGGUUCUCCUUGUGGCCACUGGAGCUGUGGUGGCUGGAGUUGUUUUCUGGUGGAAGAAGAGCUCAGGUAUAGAAGGGGGUGGGGUCCGAGUUUUCUUGUCCCAGUGGUGGUUUCAAGUCGCAGGCAGUCCCGGUCUGGGACCUUUCCUGGUGUCCAGGACUACCCAGCUCUUCUGGGACCUCAAGGUCCUGCCUCCUCCCAAUCUCUCACAGAAUGCUUUCUCCCCACAGGUGGAAAAGGAAGGAACUACAGUCCAGCUGCAAGCAGUGAUAGUACCCAGGGCUCUGAUGUUUCUCUCCCAGUUUCUAAUGUUUGAGAUUGCUGCCUUGUGUGGGACUGAGUGA